UUGACCGCUGGUCCACCUCCGUCUGCUUGAUGAUUUACAAUAAUGGCGACGCUUUUAUUCUGAGUGUACUUCUGCAAGCCAUUUGACAAAAUAAAUACAUUUGAGGAGAACAAUCAAAUACAUAUGAUAAUAAACGUAGCAGGAAACAAUUAUUCCAACAAAAAAAGGACUAAGCUACACUACCUGGCUAAUGUGUUACUUAAGUUGUAGAGGUGGCAUUCUUGCGGAGGCACAAGAGCUAACGUUAGCUAGCAGCUAACAAAGGUCUACAAUUUCGUGACGAUGUGGCUACUUUACAAGCUCUUGGGGUGACACUUUCUUGUGGUCUUGGGACGAAAAACAACUUAAAGGGGAUACUGAGACGUAUCAGUUAUUUCCACAACGUUACAGAACAGCUUGUGGAGUGAAAAGUGCGUUUCAUUCAACAGCUUACUUUGUCAGUUAACGUUAGCCUAAAUGCUAGCUAGCGAGUUAUCUUGGCUUUGCUUCCCAGUUCACUGCGUUGUUUUUAGUUGGUUAACUUAACGUAUAACAUUCACAUAACGAUACAUUUGACUAACACCUUUGUCGCUAGGGUGUUUCUGCUAUCUUGUUUUUGAACGUUACAGUAAGCAGGCUAGCCACACAGUUCGUCGUGCUACUUGCAAACUAACAAGAUAUUGCUGAAUUGUGUUCUUCUGGACAACAGACCGAUUUUGCAUCGCAAAAUUAUCCUGCCGAACACAGUUAACGUUAGUUAGCAAAUUAACAUAUUCUGCUAGCUGGCAAUUUGCGAGACCUUUUCGUAAAUGACUACCGGCAGGAAUAACCGUGUGAUGAUGGAAGGAGUUGGUGCAAGAGUGAUCCGCGGACCCGAUUGGAAAUGGGGAAAACAGGAUGGUGGAGAGGGACAUGUAGGCACCGUCAGGAGUUUUGAAAGUCCGGAAGAAGUGGUUGUUGUCUGGGAUAACGGGACUGCAGCCAACUACCGGUGCUCUGGUGCAUACGACGUGAGGAUAUUUGAUAGUGCUCCCACAGGUAUCAAGCAUGACGGCACCAUGUGCGACACCUGUCGUCAGCAGCCUAUCAUCGGGAUCCGCUGGAAGUGUGCUGAAUGCAACAACUAUGACCUCUGCACCACCUGUUACCAUGGAGACAAGCACCACCUGCGACAUCGCUUCUACAGGAUCACUACCCCUGGUAGCGAGAGAGUCCUGUUGGAGUCUCGCCGUAAGUCGAAGAAGAUCACAGCCCGAGGUAUCUUCACCGGUGGCCGGGUGGUGAGAGGAGUGGACUGGCAGUGGGAGGAUCAGGAUGGAGGCAACGGAAGGAGAGGAAAGGUGACAGAGAUCCAGGACUGGAGUGCAGCCAGCCCCCACAGUGCAGCCUACGUCCUCUGGGAUAAUGGGGCCAAGAACCUCUACAGAGUGGGCUUCGAGGGGAUGUCGGAUUUGAAAUGUGUCCAGGAUGCCAAAGGAGGCUCUUUCUACAGAGACCACUGCCCUGUUCUCGGUGAGCAGAAUGGCAACAGAAACCCAGGCGGUUUGCAGAUCGGAGACCUGGUCAACAUCGACUUGGACCUGGAAAUAGUCCAGUCCCUGCAGCACGGCCACGGAGGCUGGACAGACGGUAUGUUCGAGACUCUCACCACCACCGGUACCGUGUGUGGCAUCGACGAGGACCACGACAUUGUGGUGCAGUACCCCAGUGGGAACAGGUGGACAUUCAACCCUGCAGUGCUGACCAAGGCCAACGUGGUGCGUAGUGGGGAAGGUGUUGCGGCGGGGGCAGAGGGAGGCAGCUCCCAGUUCCUGGUGGGAGACUUGGUCCAGAUCUGCUACGACAUCGACCGCAUCAAGCUGCUGCAGAGAGGCCAUGGGGAGUGGGCUGAGGCCAUGCUGCCUACCCUGGGCAAGGUGGGCCGCGUGCAGCAGAUCUACUCUGACAGCGACCUGAAGGUGGAGGUGUGUGGAACGUCAUGGACCUAUAACCCUGCUGCCGUCACCAAGGUGGCCCCCACUGGCUCUGCUGUCACCAACGCCUCCGGAGAGCGUCUGUCUCAGCUGCUGAAGAAGCUGUUUGAGACCCAGGAGUCGGGUGAUGUCAAUGAGGAACUGGUCAAAGCAGCAGCCAAUGGAGACCUGGCCAAGGUGGAGGACAUCCUCAAGAGACCUGACGUGGACGUGAACGGGCAGUGUGCUGGACACACAGCCAUGCAGGCGGCCAGUCAGAACGGACACGUGGACGUCCUCAAGCUGCUGUUGAAACACAACGUGGACCUGGAGGCUGAGGACAAGGAUGGAGACCGGGCGGUGCACCACGCGUCCUUCGGAGACGAGGGCUCUGUGAUCGAGGUGCUGCAGAGGGGCGGUGCCGACCUGAACGCCAGGAACAAGCGAAGACAGACCCCACUGCACAUUGCUGUCAACAAAGGCCAUCUGCAGGUGGUCAAGACCCUGCUGGACUUUGGCUGCCACCCCAGCCUCCAGGACUCCGAGGGAGACACGCCCCUGCAUGACGCCAUUAGUAAGAAGAGGGACGACAUGCUCUCUGUGCUGCUGGAGGCGGGAGCUGACGUCACCAUCACCAACAACAACGGAUUCAACGCCCUGCACCACGCCGCCCUGCGAGGGAACCCCAGUGCCAUGCGUGUGUUGCUGGCCAAGCUGCCGAGGCCCUGGAUCGUAGAUGAGAAGAAAGAUGACGGUUACACCGCCCUGCACCUGGCGGCGCUCAACAACCACGUAGAGGUGGCCGAGCUGCUGGUUCACCAGGGCAGUGCCAGCCUGGACAUCCAGAAUGUAAACCAGCAGACAGCCCUGCACCUGGCUGUGGAGAGACAGCACACACAGAUAGUCAGGCUGCUGGUGCGAGCAGAGGCAAAGCUGGACGUGCAGGACAAGGAUGGGGACACUCCUCUCCACGAGGCGCUGCGUCACCACACGCUGUCCCAGCUCCGCCAGCUGCAGGACAUGCAAGAUGUCAGCAAGGUGGAGCCCUGGGAACCCUCCAAAAACACGCUGAUCAUGGGCCUGGGCACCCAGGGAGCAGAGAAGAAGAGUGCAGCGUCCAUCGCCUGCUUCCUGGCAGCUAACGGUGCAGACCUGACCAUGCGCAACAAGAAGGGCCAGUCCCCUCUGGACCUCUGCCCCGACCCCAGCCUCUGUAAGGCCCUGGCCAAGUGCCACAAGGAGAAGAUCAGUGGCCAGGUGGGCUCUCGCAGCCCGUCUCUGAACAGUAACGGUGAGACCCUGGAGGAGUGUAUGGUGUGUUCUGACAUGAAGAGAGACACCCUGUUCGGACCGUGCGGACACAUCGCCACCUGCUCUCUCUGCUCCCCCCGCGUCAAGAAGUGUCUCAUCUGCAAGGACCAGGUCCAGUCCAGAACCAAGAUCGAGGAGUGUGUCGUAUGUUCUGACAAGAAGGCUGCCGUGCUUUUCGAGCCCUGCGGUCACAUGUGCGCUUGUGAAAACUGUGCCGGCCUCAUGAAGAAGUGCGUACAGUGCCGGGCUGUUGUGGAACGCCGCACGCCCUUUGUCCUUUGUUGUGGAGGGAAAGGUAUGGAGGGUGAUGCCGCUGAUGAUGAUGAUGAUGAUGAUGAUGAGGACCUUACAGGUAACUCUAACUCAGCUCUAAUGGCAGGGGGCUCGCUGGAUCUGCUCCAGCCCAACAAUCUGGCACUAAGUUGGUCCAGCGGUAACAUCCCAGCCAUGCAGAGAGACAAAGACAACACCAAUGUCAACGCUGACGUUCAGAAACUGCAGCAGCAACUGCAGGACAUCAAGGAGCAGGUAAGCGUGGUGACCAUGUGUCCGGUGUGCCUGGACCGGCUGAAGAACAUGAUCUUCAUAUGUGGCCACGGCACCUGCCAGCUGUGUGGCGACCGCAUGAGCGAGUGCCCCAUCUGCCGCAAGGCCAUCGAGAGGCGUAUCCUUCUGUACUAGAGUCCCAGGCUUCAGUCUGAGCCUUCUACACCCCCACCACCCCCCAUGUCAAGGCCCUUCGAGAGGCGCAUCCUUCUGUACUAGAGUCCCAGGCUUCAGUCUGAGCCUUCUACACCCCCACCACCCCCCAUGUCAAGGCCCUUCGAGAGGCGCAUCCUUCUGUACUAGAGUCCCAGGCUUCAGUCUGAGCCUUCUACACCCCCACCACCCCCCAUGUCAAGGCCCUUCGAGAGGCGCAUCCUUCUGUACUAGAGUCCCAGGCUUCAGUCUGAGCCUUCUACACCCCCACCACCCCCAUGUCAAGGCCCUUCGAGAGGCGCAUCCUCCUGUACUAGAGUCUCAGGCAGGUCUCGGCCUAAUCCCCCCCCAUCUACAACCAGCCACACCAGCUGCUGCUCUCCUAUCUAUCUCGGCGUCUUUACACCAGAAAAAGAAAAACAUCAGAAUUACCAAUGUUGCUUCUUUUAAAAAUUGAAACUUUGUUAUAAAACAAUCAAACAUUGUACUGAAAGAGGUCUUUGGUGUUGUAGCUCAGCUGAAAGCCUGUAGCAGCCUGAUUCUUUGCUUUUCUCCUCAGAAUGCCCUUUCUCCUCUCUCUCUCACUCUUCUCCCCCUCUGUUGUUUUCCUGUUUAUGUGUGAGAACACCUCUUCCUGUUAUUAUUGUAGUGGGGUUAUUGGCACACAUCCCAACACUGCCCUAUGUUGGCCUUGGGAUAUGGACUGAGGGAUAUGGUCAGAGCCACUUAGUCCCAUUUACAACGUCCUAUUCAUUAGGGCACACUCUGCCUCUCCUGUCGAAGGGCUGCCUCUCCUGUCGAAGGGCUGCCUCUCCUGUCGAAGGGCUGCCUCUCCUGUCGAAGGUCUGCCUCCUGUCGCUAAACUUAAAACCCAUUUAUCAUUGAUUCUAUUUGUAUUUCUUAUGCAAGAGUAUUGGUAAUAGAAGCUACUGACAUGGAUAUUCACUACUUUUGUAGUUUACUCAACAUUUCAUGAUAGCUACAAUAUGAUGACAUAUUUUUGUACAUGCAAAAAAAAUGCGAUGUCCAGCACUUUUACAAGUUCAACCAGUCUUCUGCUACAUGUGCAUAUUUGAGAUUGUCGUGACAUGUUGGCGAUUUUGGCAAUGAGGCCCUUUAUUUCCCCAGUCAGAUGAACUUGUGGAUACCAUUUUUAUGUCUCUGUGGAGUUUGAAGGAAGUUGCUAACUAGCGCAAUUGCUAACUAGCGUUAGCACAAUGACCUGAAGUCUGCAUACUAUGCUAGCAGAUACAAUAGACUUCAGUCAUUGUGCUAAUGCUAGUUAGCAAUGGAUCGCUAAAACUACCUCUAACUUCCUUCAUACUGGACACAGACAUAAAAAUGGUACCCACAAGUUCAUUGGACUCUGGGGCAGUAGACAAAGGUCAUUGCCAAAAUCCCGAAGUAUGCCUUUAAGACCUGCACAGGGCAGGUUAGCACAAAAACUGCUGAUUGAACAAAAGCAAAAUUGCUGUUCUGUUUGUCUAGACUUUGGAGGUCCAAAUCCACCUUAACUCUGACUGACUGAUAAGGUGGUGAUACCGCUGCAGUCCAAUCGUCUGCUAACACCUCAUCACCUGUACCUUGUUUACCAACCUCUCUCUCUGGAGAAACACAGACCGGCCAGGCAGUACAACUUUAGCAUUACAACACCCUUGGUCUGCAAUUGUUAAUACUUAAGUACAGUAGACCCAGGAUAGAUGCAAGUCAAGACAGUGUUUCAUUCAGCCUACUUAUAAGUGAAUACUAUCAUGUACCUGCUGGACAUUUCUGAGGAUGAAUUAACUUUAUUGAGCAUUUGUACAAACAGAGUAUGUCAUCAUGAAUGACACAAGUUGUUUUAGAGCUGUUCCAAGACUAUAGAUGGUAUUACCUGUCUGGUAUACAACCAUCCUAUGAUUCUUAUAAGCAUCGCUAAUAACCAUUGAUUAUUCAUGUGCCAUUGCUUCCAAAAAUGAUUUACAUGUUAAAUGUUGUUUGGGGAUAAGGUGCUCUUAAUCUGGUAUUGCUUUUAUUUAAAUGUAUUUUGCAGAAUGUUUUGUAAUAAACACAUUUAUUGAGCUGGAGUAUACAAUCUAAUAGAAAGCCAAGAUGAUAAAAUGUAGAGUAAAUGAUUUUGUAUUGCUGCCCACAAAUAGGAUUUAGAAGUGUGUCUCUAUAGAGCCUUAGCUAUAAUGUAAUGUAGCCGUCCACUCUCACCCACACAUCCUGCUUCAAUAUCAAUGUUGAAAUGUGUCUUUUUAGUUUGAUAGACUUCAAGCAAAAAAAACACUAAGCAUUAUUUGAUCUUGUUUUGUCUGCAAGUCUAACAUGUUCAGAGUCAAUAAUGAGACUGGUGAUGAGGGAGACAAUGUUGUCAGGUUUUACAUGUAUUCUUCUGCCAGUGUUUUGGGGGAUAGAAAGAAAAUGGUUCCACUGGUCCAGUUGACACUAAUAAGGCAGAUCCGUCUGUGUGGAGCUGUUCACCUCGGUAUAAGCUGACCAGCUUGACCACGCAAAUAAGCAAUUUUAUAGGAAAGAACGAAAAGUAGCUUCAUACUUUUUUACUCCCCAUUUUUAUUUCACGGAUGGCGUUAACAUUCUAAAAGCACUAAUGUUGCUUUAUGGUAGUAUUGUCUUGUUAGUUGUUAUAAAGGCCUAUUUUGUACCUUGUGUUCAAAACGUAUUAUACCCGUCAAGAUUUAAAGGUUCUUUCCCUUUUUAGGCAUGAAUAUUUUAUUUAUGCAGUAUGACAUGUAUUAUAGAAGCUGGUCACUCUGUAUUGCUUAAGUGCUUUUCAAAGCACCAUGUAACUGAAAUAAAGUUCUGAAUGAAUCUUGA